AUGAGGAUGGUCGUGAUGAUGGUUGUGGCGGCGGUGACGCUGGCCUCGGGUGCCUCUGCCACUGCGCACAAUGUUGACGUGGAGGUGAAUGUGACAGCAGGGGCGGCCGUGCUGCCACCUUUGUUCUUGUCGGUGACCAUUGAUGGUGGGUUUGCAACCCUCAACUACUCCGAUCCGCAGCUGCAGAAGUUGACAAAGGCGCUCAGCCCAGGGUACAUUCGCUUCGGCGGCAACUCCCACCAGCGCAUGAACUACAGCUUCCCACAGCAGGGAAGCGGCGACUUCGCUACUGGGGCCGAUGCCACCACAACGCUCACGCCCGAGGCGUGGAACGCCAUUUACGCCUUUGCUGGCGCCACCAACAUGGAGGUUGUGUUUGGCCUGAACGGCCUCACCCUGUUCAAGAACAUGUCUUGGAACGAGGAGCCGGCGUUCCCUUUCCUCAACUACGUUGCAGACCACAAGCAGUUUGUUGGCUGGGAGCUUGGCAACGAACCAGAUUUGUACUCCAAGCGAAACAUCACGGUGACGCCUGGGCAGCGCGGGAAUGACUUUUAUCGUCUCCGCGGCAUCCUCAACAACCUCUUCCCCAUCACGUGGCUCAUGGGCCCAGACAUUGCUGAUUCCGGUCCCAAGGGCCAGGCGUACAUGGCCACGUUCCUGAAGCACGUGCCCGUGGGCAUGCUCGACGGUGCCACGUGGCACCAGUACUACGGAAGCGGCGCAUCAGCCAAGCUGUGGAUGGCCAGCGACCCGCUUGUUCUCGAUAAGUUUGUUGACGAGGCGACCGCGUACAGCCACGUGCUGCGAACCAGCCAGCACCGUGACAUCUGGAUGUGGCUUGGCGAAACAUCCAACUUUUACGACGGCGGCUCCAAAUCCGUGAGCCCAACAUACGCAGCAGGGUUCAUGUGGCUGGACAAGCUCGGGGUUGCUGCCCGUCUCAACACCAGCAUCGUUUGCCGCCAGACGCUGGUGGGCGGUGUGUACUCGCUCAUCGAACACGACACCCUCACCCCGCACAUCGACUACUGGCUCUCUGUUCUGCACAAGCGCCUGUUUGGACCAACCGUGCUCGCGGUGGAUGGUGGACUUGCGCGCGCGAGAACCGUUCGCGUGUAUGCACACUGCACACCGGCUGCACACACGUUCGCUGGCAAGGGCGCCGUGUCCCUGAUGGUCCUCAACACAGACAACACCACCGCGGCCGCGCUGCGCUUCGACAACAAGAAGUUGGCAUCAAGUCGCAUCGGUGUAUACGACAUUCAGCCAAGCAACGCACGUGCCAGUGACACGACGGCAACUCUCAACGGCAACCCUCUGCAGUUGACGGCGGCUGGCGACCUCCCUGAGUUGCAGCCGAAGAGGGUCGCGCCUGGCACGCCCAUCACCGUACAGCCAACCAGAUACAUGAUGCUCGUCUUUGUCGAUGCACACGUCCCAGCGUGUCUCUCAUAGCUCACACACACUCGCACACAGCUGUGGAUGCUGUUUCCUUCUGUCUUCCUGCCCACGUUCAUUCACUCGUGUCGUUCCCCACCAUCGCUCCUUGCAAACAACGCCCCACCCCCUCCUCAUUCCCUUCCCACACACGCAAUGAAUAAACGAAACAAGUGC